CACUGCUAUGCUUCUAAAGAAAGAAGAAAAGGAGAUGUGUAAUUUAUGCAGCAUGCAUGAACAUACUCUACAGCAGACAAUGUCAACCAUUCAAGAUACCAAAGCAACAGACAUUGCUGCAGGAGGGGAACUAAAUGUCAUAGAAACAGCUACUGUUUCUUCCACAAAUGAAGAGGAAAGUCAUUACACAAACCAGGUCCAGUUAAAAGAAAAUAAAAUACAUAUAAAUUCUGAGUUAGUGAAAAAAGAAAACAAUGCAUCAUUGAAUGGAAAUGUAAUAGGGCAAGAAGAGUCACAGAACACAAUGUUCCCAGAUAAUGUAGAAAAUGAAAAUGAUAAACAAAUGGAACACAUGACUGCUGAGAACACUAAUGGCAACAAGGAAGAGAUUCAUGAUGUAAUCCAGACAACAGAAAGAGAAAUUCAAAAGACCUCAGAAACCCAAAGAGAAGAGAUUACUGCAUUCUCAACCACAUGGAAUAUCUUUAAUAAAGAUGGGAAUAAUCUUCCCAAGGAUUCAGAAAGUCUAAAGCAAAAGAAUAACAUAAUGGAAAAGGAAUACCUUGAUGUGUUGAGUGAUGGGACUGAUCCCCAAGUGUCUUGUUACCUAACAGCACCAUCCUAUGUCCUACAACAACUAGAAUGCUGGAUAAGUAACAGCAUGAGUUCUUUAAUAGUGAAUGAUAAUGAAGAGUUGGUCAGUAAUGUCAUCACUGUUGAAUGCUCAGAUAAGGAGAGGAGAAUUCCAUUUCCAAUUUGCAUUGCAAUCCCAUUUAUUGCACGUUACAGGGGAAAUUACAGAGACAUCAUGGUGAAAGUAUCUGACAAAAACCUUCAAUCAAGUUACCUAACCCCAAAUUCACUGGAAGGAAUGAAAGGAAGUUACAAGGGGACCUGUGCUGCAGUGAAAGUUUACAAAUUGGGUAUGUUUUCUGUAGUGUCUUGUUUAAAGAAGGAGUCUUUCACAGUGACAAAGAAAGGCCUCACUCUGAAGUCAAGCAUGGAUUCCAGAAUAUCCUUAAUUUACCCUCCAGGAGUUUUCAGCUCACCAGUGCUCGUCCAAUUAAAGAUCCAACCAGUUGACCCAUCUCUGCUGGCACAUUUAAAAACACAGGAAGAUGCAGCCCACUCAGUACUGUCCACGAGCCCUCUGAUUCACAUUCAGCACCCAUCAACUCAUCCCUUUCAGAAGCCAGUCACUGUAUUCUUACCUUGUUCUCCACAUCUUGAUAAGAAGAGUCUCGGGGCUGAGGAAGAUCAGAAAAGAACAGCUAGUGCCACAGCAAGCAGGAUCACACCCAUACCUUUAUAUUUUCACCGGACCAAAAGUGCUUCCAUAAGAAAACCUGGGAACAAUGCCUGUGAAGCUUUCAGAUUACUGGGAAUCAGAAGCCAAGACAGUGGUUGGUUUGGGCUUGAUGAUGUUAUGGUGAGAACUACUCAGAGUGGCUUGAUAUCGUUUGAAUUAUAUGAACAUUUAGAGAGGUUUAUUGUGCUCUACCUCUCUCCCAUUGUGGACAAUAGCCCCCUGGUUUCUUUUGUGAAGUCUUUAGAGGAAGCCUUACUCAGCACUACUGCCUGUGUAGUACUGUCACACCAGAAGGAUAAUCCACACAAAGUAGUUAUUUUGGUGGUGUCUUGUAAAGAUUUAAGCCAGGCACUUAGGAGCUUGCCCUUGGAAGGAUUCGGAGGACUUGUGGAGACAUCUCAUCAGUUCCAAGUAAGAGAAGGAGAGCAACUGCUUUUAAGGUUUACUGGAAAUAUAUUUGGUUCAAGUAAUGGGAAGGAUUAUGGAAAAGAUUACAAACUUAUUUUUCACUUGCAAAGAAAACCCAGACUGGAACUCCAAAUCAAAGAGGUGGAUGAAUUUGGGAACUAUAGCUGCCCUCAUUAUAAGGGCAGCAUUGUAGUUUAUAAAGUACCUAGAGAAAAGAUAGUCCCCAACCUGGAUCAAUCUAUACCUCAUGAAAACCAUUAUCAGUUGCCAAUUUGCAAAUUACCAUUGAGAUUGCCAAAGCAUGAAAAAUUAAUCAGUCGUCCACAGAGUACCAAAAGAAUUUCUACAGAUCCUCUAGAGGCCACUCUGGGAUAACUUGCUCCACUGGCUGGCAGAGGAGCUCUCAGAAGAAGGUGCUGAGGCCCUCACCGCGUCCCUGCCUCUGCGCCGCAGCACCGUGCAGCUCAUCAAACUCAAGCACCCAGCUGAUCUCACAGAACAGAUCCAGGAACUUCUUUGCUUCUGGAAAAGAUCGCUCCCAACUUCCACAGACAAACUUCGCCUCCUGGCUCGGCAUCUCCGCAAGGUGGGCAGGAGUGAUCUUGCAGAAGAGCUCAGGUUCAAGUGGGAAAAUAAAGUGUUCACCGAGUCCCAGCCGUGGUUUGAUACGAGAUGUAGUAGAAAACCGGGUCACUCUUUCUUUUGUCCCAGAAAAUGGC